AUGAUCAUCAGUCUGAAUCGUGCAUUUUGUGUGCUUUUAGGAAGGGUAUCUCUGCUUCUGCUUUGCCUUACAAGAUGGCUCAAGAUUUCUUCUCAGGAUGUUGAUGAACACAUCUGCAAGUUCGCGAAGAAAGGUUUGACACCGUCACAGAUCAGUGUUAUCCUUCGUGACUCAUGGAAUUGCUCAGGUCAAGAGCGUCACUGGAAGCAAGAUCUUGCAUAUCCUCAAGGCUCAUGGCCUUGCUCCAGAGAUUCCUGNUCAGUGUUAUCCUUCGUGACUCAUGGAAUUGCUCAGGUCAAGAGCGUCACUGGAAGCAAGAUCUUGCAUAUCCUCAAGGCUCAUGGCCUUGCUCCAGAGAUUCCUGAGGAUCUGUACCAUUUGAUCAAGAAGGCUGUCGCAGUUCGCAAACAUCUAGAAAGAAGCAGGAAGGACAAGGAUUCGAAGUUCCGAUUGAUAAGUUCAUAAUUGGGGCAAUUUCUUAAUUUGGGUUUUUUUCCAUAACUUGAGUGCUUUGAAUGAUUUUAUAAUUAGGGUUAUGUCAAUUUGGUGUUUUCAUAAUGGGGUGAUUUCAUAAUUUGAGUUUUUUUUUGUUGCAUAAUUUGUGUGUUUUAAAUUAAAUGCAUGUUAUAGUUGUUAGUGUUAUUUUCAUUGGAUGUUUGAUUUGAUUCACCACCACCAACCACACACACACACAACACAAUUUCUUUUUCUUUACAAACACAAAAAACGAGUUUGUGCUUUUGUGUUAUUAUAGUUUGAUAUUUUUUUGGUAAAUUUUGUAGUGAAUUUUAUUGAAAUUGAAACUAGAGAUUUGGAGUAAUUGAAAUGGAAACCACCAACCACAACCACCACAUUUUCGAAAUGUGAAAUUGAAGUAUAAGAGUCGGAUUGGUUUUGUGAAAUCGAAAUGUUCUCUAUUGGCAAAGUGGAAUGGUAAUAUGGUCGGAUUGGUUUUGUGAAUUUUGUAACAAGGGUUUUGGAUUGGAUCAUGGAAUAUAAUGGGUUUUUCUUGGCAAGUUAAGUUGACCCAAAAGGUCCACUUUAAAUGGUUUAAGGUGAACUUUGACGAUCAUGGGAUGGGUUUUGAUGUUGUACUAUAUUUUUAGGAACGGGUUAUUGAACAGAUAAAAUUCAUCCCAAAAAUUUUACUUUCUUACUCAUUAAUGUCAGCAUCGCACCUGUGCAAAUCAUACGAUCUCAACACCUACAACCCACAUGAACAUUCUCGCAGACACAUACACAUUUGCUCAACUUAGAAUUCUCCAUCCUUACUUUGUGGUACUUUUCUUUUCUAAAAUUCACUAAAAUUUUGUUUCCAUUUUCUUGAAUUUGUUGUGGUAAUUUUCUUGAUUGUUCAUAUCCCUUGGUGUGCUUCUAGCUUUGGUUGAUUCUAUCAAGAGUUUUCGGUAAUCAUUUUAGGAUUUGAUUAUUGACUAGAACAAUAAAAACUGUUAAGUGAUAACAUGAUUUUCUUAACAAGACCCUCAAUAACAAAAGGUUAAGUGAG